GGUUGUGGGAGAAAGUGGAGAUGCUCUGGGUGGCUAAGGCUCGGGAAGCAGAGCGGGUCUUCCACUAACCAGAGGUGAAAUCAACAUUACAGCAACUUGAUGGAGAUAACUAGAGGAUUCCCUUUAAGAUGACACGCACAGACCCACCUGACAUACUGCUAUCAACUGUGCAUCGAGAUAUAAAAGUGAUUCCCAUUUCUUCACACUUCGAGUCCUUACAAUGUGAUGCUAUAGAUUUCAGCACACUGGAGGACAGUAAGGGUAACAUCAAUAAAAGGCACUGCCAUACCUUUGACUGUAAGUCAUUGGAUUUCCCAAAAUCAAACAAAUAUUCAAUGGAGUCCCCAUACAGGAAGGCUGAUAAGCAUGCAGCCAAUCAAGAUGUUGCCUGGAAUGCUUUAGGCCAGCAACAGAGAUACCGCUUUUCUGCUCCAGACAUUUUUAGCCAUAGGUUAACUUCUCAACCAAUGGCGGCUGAUAUAGCCAGUGAGUUAGUUGUCCCUGAACAAAAAAGAAGGACAAGGUCAAAAAGUGCCCCCCGGGUCCAGACCAGUCUCACUCCUAUGUCUUUUGAAGGGUGCUCAUCUUCAGGGAGAAAGGGUAGAGAAUCCCAAAGAUCUGCAAGAGACUCUCGCUGGAGACCAGAAGUAUCCCCACGUAGGGAAUCAUCAUAUGCUGCAAGUAGGGCCCAUAUGCAUGAAGUACAUCCCAUUAAGUUACAGCCUCAAAUGGGUGACAGCAGUAGAUAUUCACCUCACUUUGCUGCUGAUAAUUCUGAGGAUGAAGUCCUAGAUAAACCAGCAACUAGUCCUCAUGUCAGGUGCCGGGUGGACAUCAAACCUGAUGACGCAGCAUUACAUCAUUCAGGACCGAAACAGUGUACAUCUCAAGUGGACAUACUAUGGCAGAGGCACAACAGUGGGGCGAGUAGGAGUCUCACUGUACCCCGCCAUUUCUCCUAUUCUAGAACACCAACUCCCACUGACUCAUUAGGUACAGAGAAGCAAACCUAUCCAUAUUCCCGCAGCUUGCCAAAUAGUUACUUACAACCCAUGGACAUUCACUCACAAAGAAUGCCCUCAUCAAGUGAUUACUAUGGAAGGGAAAGAAGAGCUCAUUCCAGUCCUAAUGUGCCAACCAAGUUCUUUUAUGCAGACAACCCAGGGAGAUAUGUUACUACUGUUCCUCCUCAACCAAGUUCUUACUUCCAUGACGAACGUUACACACCAGGACAAACAUAUACCCCAAAAGUGCAAUAUGUGCAAGAUCCAAGGACUCGAACUUUGCAUGCUGUAGCUACAAGACCAUAUUAUCCUGAGAUGGAGUCCUAUCCAUACUCUGUGAAGACACGAUAUCCCAAACCCUAUACAGCAAAUGAACCAGGGCCGUACAUCAUACAGACACCUCCAACUAGAAUAUUUUACGGGGAUGAUCCAAGGUCUUAUCAAAUCCAGACUGCUCCACCAAGGUUUUAUUAUUCCAGUGACAUGUAUGCAAUGCCACCUGAGCACCAUAUCCCAGCAAGGGCAUAUUAUACAGAGGGCCGAAGACAUGCUAGAGUUAUCCAGUCUCAAACUGAUGAUUGGUAUGGUUCAGAUGCAUCUGGUUAUUCCACCAAUCCUGCCUCUUACAUAUCUCAAGUGACUCCAACCAGAGUUCGGCAAGAGCCUGUGUUAACUCCUUGGUAUACCAACCCAUGUAUAGAAACUCAAAGAAUUGGCACCGAUUCUAAAUCUUACUCAAGGUCCUGGGAUAAUAUUCUUAACUAUCAUGUAGAGAAAGAACAACCUCUUCCUGUGCAGCGGGGUCAGAGCUAUGAUGAUCUUCUUGACUCCAGGAAGCCUGCAGAAGCCACAGGUGACAAACCUCAACCAGUGGUAGUUAAUCUCUCCAGUUCACCUAGACGCUAUGCAGCCUUAUCAAUGUCUGAUAACUCACUUGUUGACAAAAGCCCAACAGAGAUUUCAAAGAGCAGUACCAGUAAACUCUGGUUUGUCACUCCAGAAAUAACCAUCACUGAUAAUGACAUUCGCACAGGGAACCUUAAUAAGGCUGAAGGUAGGUCCGCUAGUUGGGACAUUCUUGACUCCAGAAGCACCAAGGGUCCAGAACUGUCUCACUGUGACUUUGAAAGCUCAACCAAAGAGAAGACACAUGACAAUGCCUCACUACAGCAAAGCCUAGAACAACUUGAUGAACUUCUGGCAGAUCUUGUGACUGAUUACAAGCCACCUAGUAGAAGGGCAAGCGAGGACAUUUUGGAUCAACUUAAAAAGUUAAUUGAUGAGGAAGAAGCAGUAUCUCUGUCCAGAAAAGGUUCAAAGGCAGGUACAGAGGAACCAGCUCCUCUUGACAAGCAGCCAACCUCAAUAAGAAUAAAUCCUGAUCAUUUUCAGGAGAUGGAUGGGGCCAGUGAUGCAAUGAAGAGUGCAGAUGAGUGCUCCCCAGAUCAGAGCCCAGAUGAGGAUGAUACAAUGAUGUGCUCAAACAACAGAUGUCGGAGGACAGAAACCCUCUUCAAUGCUUGCUUGUAUUUUAAAUCCUGCCACAGCUGCUAUACCUACUACUGCUCUCGAAACUGUCGCAGAGAGGACUGGGACAUUCAUAAAGAAAGCUGCCUGUAUGGAAGAAUUGGAAGCACAUGCCGUCACAUCAUCAAACACUGCCGUGAAACUGUUGAAGUCCACAAAGCCUUCUCCCGGAUUGCCAAAGUUGGCUACCUUUCUCGAGGUAGAGGGGUUCUCUUCCUUGGCUUUCCGAACCCGGCAUCAUCUAGUAAUUUCCUGCAGUAUGGCCUGGAUACUCUACUUAUGUCCCCUACAUAUCUGUCCCUUCGAGAGCUUGAUAGCUUUAAGGACAACCUAGGGGAGUACUGUAAGGAGCUGCAGCAAGCUGGUAAAGAGUAUGACCCAAAUGAAUGCUUCAUCUUGAAUGUAUCAAUAGCUGUUGGUGACCAAUUGGCUGAUGGGCCAUCACCAAGGAACCAUGCUCCAACUGUCAGAAAAUAUGCAAAGGUUGCUCUGGCUUCUUUUAGCCCUGAGCGAAAGGUUCACAAGAAAGAAAGUGACAUGGAAACACUCAUACUGACUCCACCCCCAGGAACAGCAGAUAUUGACAAAGACGGAGAGGAAGGCAGAAAGGCCAGGGAAAUCUGUUUUAUCAAUAUACAGCGAGAGUUAAGAAUUCGAGGGGUCUUUCUACGUCAUGAAUACCCACAGGUGUAUCAACAGCUCUGUGAGUUUGUGGAAAGUAACAGAAGGUUCACACCCACUACUAUUUAUCCCAUUGACAAAAGGACUGGUAAACAGUUUAUGUGCAUGAUUAUGGCUGCCUCUGAGCCCAGGACAUUGGACUGGGUAGGCGCCCCGCAUCUCCUUGAUGACAUUAUUUAA